CGGGCUGCCGCACACACCGGAGUGCACAGUGUUACAGACGGUCAGAAAAAAAAACAACAUACCGGCGUGGAAAUGUUGGUGAGCUGAUUUAGGAGCCACGUCGAGAAGCAGGGGAGCAGGUCUAAUCUUACCUCGGCACUUUUUUGUGUGUGUUUCAUGAAGCAAUAAACUAGCGGGGAGACCGGACUGUAUUUUUACGCACCGGCCACGCAGCAUGCCCGAGUUGGACUAGAAGCGACCCUGCCGGAGCGCAACACGCACGCGUAACGCCACUGAGAGCCAGGAGGAAUAUUUACAAUAGAAACUCAAUUCCUUUUUUUUUGGGGGGGGGGGGGGAAGAAUAGCAAAAGAAGGGGGGCGUAGGAGUGAAAGAUAACACUGGAAUGAAGUGGACCUCGGGAUUCCUGGCGUGCUGCGGAGUUGUGACUGAUGGAUGAAUGUGGUCAUCUGUAGGCUAUAAACGGCGACAGGUACACGCACCACCGAGGGCAGCUCUGACAAAGACGCGGCGCGGCGCUCCACCGACAGCCGCAUCGCCAGAUUUUGGCAAAACUGCGCGAUUGGUCAGAUCCGCUCCACGCAUAGGGAUCGCUGAGUUUUGUCCACAGAGUGAAAGAAAAGGUCGUGUUUUUUCUUUCUACUGCCUCAGCCACAGGUCAACCAGGACACUCGGUGGACUGCUGCUGCUGCUGCUUUCCUCCAAAUCCUAUCAAGAACCGGGGCUCCUUCGCACGGCAGUUCAGUUAAGGACACGGGGUCUGGAGCAGAUCUAAAGAAGUCGGACACAAGGACAUGUAUCUGAUAUCGACCUCACAUGCUCCCGACUGAUCGUAGCUCACCUUCCCACCGGGCGAACCGCAGAUAAAGGUUGCCAAGCGCACCGUCCGUAGCUCUAGAGUUCUCGGCUCACUCGUCUUGUGCAUUUAUCAGAAUGGCGGGACUCGGUUGUUGGAAGUAUUACCUCUGGAUCUUUACAAUAAUGUGCAGGUCGGCGUUACCCUCGGCUAAGUCGCUGGAGACUAUAAUCUGGAGCUCGCAGAAUCCCAAGUUUGUGGCUGGAAAAGGCCUGGUGAUUUACCCCGACAUCGGGGACAAGCUGGAUAUCAUCUGUCCCAAAGCGGACCAAGGGAGAGACUACGAAUACUACAAGUUGUAUCUGGUGAAGAGGGAGCAGGCGGAGAGCUGCAGUACAGUCCUCGAUCCUAACGUCCUGGUCAACUGUAACAAACCCGAGAAGGACAUCAAGUUCACCAUCAAAUUCCAGGAGUUCAGCCCCAACUACAUGGGCUUGGAGUUCAAGAGGAACGUCAACUACUACAUCACCUCAACCUCCAACGGUACAGUCGAGGGCCUCGAGAACCGGGAGGGAGGCGUGUGCAAGAGCCGAGCCAUGAAAGUCAUCAUGAAAGUCGGGCAAGUUCCAAAUGCAAACCCUGCCGUGCCGGAGGUUCCAGACAACACCAUACCCGAGUCCAGUCCCAGUCUGCCUGACCAGGAUCGGCCGGGAGCAGAGAUACCAGGAAACACUGACCACAUGAAUCAGGACCAGUCCGGGUCUUCAGAUUCAGAGGGCAUCCUCAGGUCCAAAGCGGCCCUGUUCUCCGUCAUCGGGGUCGGCUGCAUCAUCUUCCUCCUGCUCAUCCUCCUCCUCGUUAUCCUCCUCAUUAAGAUGCGCAAGCGGGCCAGGAAAAACGCCCACUCGCAGCCCCGCCCCUCCGCGCUGUCCCUCAGCACCCUGUCCAACCCCAAGCUGCCGGGGGGCACGGCUGGGACGGAGCCCAGCGACAUCAUCAUUCCGCUGCGGACAGAGAACAACUACUGCCCUCACUAUGAGAAGGUGAGCGGCGACUAUGGCCACCCGGUCUACAUCGUCCAGGAGAUGCCGCCGCAGAGCCCCGCCAACAUCUACUACAAAGUCUGACGCGCUUUUGCGCAGCCGGCGUCGCGGUCAGGAGAUAGAAAGAGAGAGAGAGAAGGAAAAAAAAAAGAGAGGAGCGCUUGACUUAUGUUCGUGGGAAGGACACUUUCCUUUUGCAUUUUCGGGGAACUUGUUUCUUCAAGCCCGUGUUAUUUCUAGCACCUGCUGCACAAAUCUGGAGAACCGUGCACUGACCAGUAACCAGCGGGGUUAGGAGCUGACGGAUGAGAGACAGAGGUUUAUUCUGUUUGUUUGGCUUGCCUGACAAUCCCCACCUUCUUCCCUCCUCCUCCUCCCCCCCACUUUGCCUCACCUCCCACCUCCCGUACCGUUCUCCCAGCUGUGUUCUGACCGCGAGGAGGGUGGGGUUGCGGGGGGGGAGGCACCAACAGAUGGAACUCAAACUUCGUCGUUCGCUGUCCCUUUGUGGGGACGGGAUAUAACUUAUCUUAGUUCCCCAAAGUCUGCUCUACACCCAAUUAAACACACCACCCUAGCACACUAAGGCAGGAGCAGGCAGACGCAGGCCCGAACACCGCUCGGCCUGCAGUUUGUGUGCAAGUGUUGGAAAAAAACAAACUACAAAACAAAGGUGUGUGUUUGUGUGUGUGUGUGU